AUGCUUGCAAAAAAGAGCACAUUCGGACACCUGGCGCGUUGCAAACAUUUUUCACAACCCUUGUACCAAAAUAAAAUCGAUACCACCACGUGUGAAACCUUAAACUUGAAAGAAAUCCCCUACGAGAUAAAACCUGUUUCUUUGAUAAAAGCGGGAGGGGAGCAGCACAGUAAUGAAUACAGGGAAAUAAACCCGAUGGAACAGGUUCCAGCUCUACAUAUUGAUGGAGUUACCCUUGUAGAAUCGCUAAAUAUUUUGCAAUACUUAGAAGAAACUAGACCACACAGGCCCCUGAUGCCUAAUGAUUGCAUCAAGAGAGCAAAGGUUAGAGAAAUCUGUGAAGUCAUAGCAUCGGGUAUCCAACCUCUUCAAAAUUUAACUGUUCUUAUAAUGGUAGGCGAAGAAAAAAAGGACGAGUGGGCCAAACACUGGAUAAAAAGGGGUUUAAAAGCAGUAGAAAAAUUAUUAGCCUCAAGCGCUGGAAAAUACUGUGUUGGUGACGAAAUAACCAUUGCAGAUUGCUGUCUCAUUCCACAAGUUUUUAAUGCUAGAAGAUUUCAUGUCGAUCUCAGACCGUACCCUAUAAUAUUAAGAAUUGACAGAGAGCUGGAGAACCAUCCUGCCUUUAGAGCAGCGCAUCCUAGCAAUCAGCCCGAUUGCCCUCCUGAGGCAAUCAAAUAA